CGCAGUAGUUCGCACUAUUUGCAGCGUUCAUACUGCGUCGCUUAGAGACACCCACAGUCGCAAUCAAUCGCAAUCUGUCGCAAUCGCAGUGCGUCGCAGCCAGUUGCAGUAGUUGCACCCAGUGUUGUACUUGCAAUCCCACUGAAUUCCAACUUGUUCUAAUAAGACAACUGUGGUAUUAUCUUAUGAAUUCUGGUGUUUGUACGAUGGCAACGGAAAAAGAAACCAAUGUAGAACGUGAACCGUUCAAGCUCUGUUUUUCCAAGGAUAGAGUCCAGGGCAGAUCAGAUAUGCGAAUGUCGGAAGUCCAAGAUGAAAUGACACCACCGAAAUCUAACGAUAAGAAUGAUGAGGAGAACGCUUACGCAGUGGCCGAUAAAGUUGAUACAUCCAAGGAACAUACGGAACAAGAAAUGAAAGAUGAGAGAUUUAAAAAGGAUCAAGCCUCGCUCAGCAGUCACGAGAUUGGCUGGUGGUACGAAGAGGAUAAGCCGACGAAGGAUUCCAGCAUUGAUUCUCAUAAAAAAUCAACUGAGUUCCCAAAUUUAAAUUAAUACUCAGAAUUUCAGGAACUCGAAGCUUGUAGUUCACAGCAUUUAAAAAGUGAAAUUUCCAUUCCUAUGAUGCUUUUUUAUAUUUAACCUUGAAUGUAAUCUUUGUGUUACCAAGUUGAAAUGCACGUUGUGACUAUGCUGAAUAUAUGUUCAUAUUAUGUAGAAUGCACAAUUGUACAAUUAUGAAUGUACAAGAAUAACUCUAUUAAAACUUUUAGUGGCAAUCAACGUGUCCAUGUCUGAUCUGGAUCUUCGUUCUACGUUGACUCGUAUUAUUUUAUACCGUGCGAUCGAUUUCGCAAAGGGGACACAAGCAAUACGAUCAUGAGCACGAUUGUUCUCUCAAAAGUAUUGAAACAGCAAUGACUGAUUAAGAACAGGACCAAGAGAAUAAUUUGAAUCAGGAUGAACGGUUUGAGCAAUUACUAAUCGCUACUAAGGAUGGGGGCAUACGCCUAAUAAGAAUCAAUCUACUGUAUAAAAUAAAAAAUUCUAAUAAACGAGUUUAAUUGUA